CCUAAUUCAUUGGAAGCCAAAAUCUCAGACUGCUGCCAUACUGAAAACAGGCACAACCUGAACAACUGCCGUCAACGGACAGCCUGCUGCCAUAUUGAAAACAGGCACAACCUGAACAACUGCCGUCAACGGACAGCCUGCUGCCAUACUGAAAACAGGCACAACCUGAACAACUGCCGUCAACGGACAGCCUGCUGCCAUGCUGAAAACAGGCACAACCUGAACAACUGCCGUCAACGGACAGCCUGCUGCCAUACUGAAAACAGGCACAACCUGAACAACUGCCGUCAACGGACAGCCUGCUGCCAUACUGAAAACAGGCACAACCUGAACAACUGCCGUCAACGGACAGCCUGCUGCCAUACUGAAAACAGGCACAACCUGAACAACUGA